CCCACAGUGGCGCUUUUUAAAAUUUCUGACGUAUUCCGACUCAUAACUCGCCUGCGAUCGGAUACUUUCAGCAAACCUCACAUCUCUUAAGCAACUUUUUACAUUUCUGAACAUCUCUAUUCACCUUUUUAACAUCUUUGCCACUAAUCUGAGCAUUUUCCUGCACGAAUAUCAUCUUCUGAAAAAAUGCCGUAUUACACAAGUGGGGAUUCGUCCAACUCUGGACCCUGGGUUGAGGCUGGUGACUCCCAGCACUUUGUCCCUGACCCCCAGAAACAGGACUUCACCCCCUUCAGUCAGGGCCAGGCGUAUUACAGCCUGCCUGCCCAGCCAUAUUACGCAAGUUGGGAUUCGUCGAGUUCUGAACCGUGGGUUGAGGAUGGUGAUGGCCAGCACCUUGUCCCUGCCCCCAAUGUGUACAAUCAGGAACAGGACUUCACUCCCAUCACUCAGGGCCAAGCGUAUUACAGCCUGCCUGCUCAGCCGUAUUACGCAAGUUGGGAUUCGUCGAGCUCUGAACCGUGGGUUGAAGAUGGUGAUGUCCAGCACGUUGUCCCUGCCCCCCAUGUGUACCACCAGGAACAGCAAUUCACCCCCAGCACUCAGGGCCAGGUGUAUUACCUCUUGCCUGUCCAGCCGUAUUACGCAAGUUGGGAUUCAUCCAACUCUGGACCGUGGGUUGAGGCUGGUGAUGUCCAACACGUCUCUGCGCCCCACGUGUACCACCAGGAACAGGACUUCUCCCCCAGCACUCAGGGCCCGGCAUAUUACAGCCUGCCUGCCCAGUUGUAUUACCCCAGCUGGGACACUAUUUCCUGCUCUGGGCCGUGGGUUGAAGCUGGUGACCUGCCACACCCUAUCCCAUCCUCCCACGUGUACCACCAGGAGCAGAUAUUCACUCCCAGCACUCAGGGCCAGCAGAUAGAGCUUCCAGGGAUGGCUGCACUGUCAGAGGACCAAAAUUGCAGCUCCAUGCCUGAAUAUCUGGGGACCUAGUAGAAGACAUCAGGGCCACAGAUCCAUAGACCAAGUCUCUACUGAGUUAUAAUGGACUUUUAAAUAAGGAUUUACAUUGUCAAAACAAAGCUUCCAAGAUUUUUCAUGCUUACAAUACUUUAUAUUUUAUAUAUAUAUAUAUUGCCAAACUUAUUAAGAAAUUCAAAUAGACUGCGGACCAACCGAGAAGUGGACGUCCACAAACAUCCACUGAUGAAGGCACAAUCGACGUGGUGCUGGCAAACAUAGUCCCUUAUGUAUGGAGACUUUUGGGACACCCUGUAUAUUCUCCAAGUAACUGAUUUACUACAAAUCAAGGACAGACAAACAAACAAACAAAAUAAUAAUAAUAAAAUCUGG